AUGAGUCCUGAACCCCCAAGGAUUUUGCUGGUCGACUCAUAUGACUCUUUCACGUACAACUUAGCAGCCUUGUGUCGGAAGACUAUCCCAAAUUGCUACGUGCACAUCAUCAAGAAUGAUGACAUAGAACUUAAAGAUCUAUCAUCAUAUCUGCCCUAUUUCUCUGGUGUCAUCGUCGGCCCCGGCCCAGGAUCUCCAGAUAUUCCAGAGGACAUUGGUCUCGUCAAAGACCUAUGGAAGAUUGACGACGCACAUCUUUUGCCAGUUUUCGGCGUUUGCCUCGGCCUUCAGAGUUUAGCUCUUGAAAACGGGGCCAAAUUACGCAGGCUCUCUGUCGUCAAGCAUGGUCAUGUGUCUGCUGUCGAGCAUAAUGGCACAGAUAUAUUCAAGGGCGUCGGCCCCGUGGAUGCCGUUCGUUACCACUCCCUCCACGUCGAGCUGAGUGGUGCGAAGGAUAUUGAAGAACUUGCAUCCACACAUGAUGAGGGGAAUGGGAGGGUAGUAAUGGCCCUUAGACAUCGCACUCGACCCUUCUGGGCUGUUCAGUAUCAUCCUGAAUCAGUUCUCACGCGGGGUGGAGGUAUUGAAGUCAUGUUAAACUUUUGGCGUUUAGCGCGGACUUGGACUUUUUCUCGUGGGCGAGUCACACGCCCAUGGGAUCAGAAAGCAGAUGCAAUCUUUGGCGUUCCGUGGCCAUACGUCCGCCCAUUGCCAAGCGCCCCUCGUGUCAAUACGCCACUAUCCGCUUCUACGAUAAGAUUGAGCAUCCCGGGUCUGUCUGCUCCUGACAUAUGUGAGGUCUUGGGCGUCGACGAUGACUCGUCUCCCUUCGUUAUGCUAGAGUCUGCUGCACACCCAGGCCGCUUCACUAUCAUCGGCUGUUUGACUUCGACGUCCCUCCGAGUCACAUACACCAUUGGAAAUAGUUUCGUUCAUUUGGCAAAUGGGGAGUCGUGCGAUCAAAUAGAUCUGGGAUCUCACGACGUGUGGUCCUGGCUUACCUCUUUCAUGAACAAGCGGAAGGUCUCUGGCGGUUCUUCGGAAAUACCAUUCUGGGGUGGCCUCAUUGGCUAUCUGAGCUACGAACUCGGUACCGACUCUCUCAGAGUAUCAGCAGAUCGGGUAUCUAGCCAGACACGACACCCUGAUGUCAACCUCGUGUUCGUAGAGCGCAGCAUAAUUCUCGACUCAACUUCUGGACACAUUUAUGUCCAAUCUAUCACAGAAGACGACAACGAAUGGCUGACGGAAAUGGCCGAACAGCUUCACUCUGCCGCCCGUAAUUAUUCAACAUAUUCUUCGUAUAAUACUACGUCUUAUUCAACCAAGGCGCGGCCAAAUACGUCUACUGUCAUUUUACCAGACCGGGACCUCUAUAGAUCCCGCAUUAAUCUUGCGAAAGAGCAUCUCUUCGCCGGAGAAUCCUAUGAGCUGUGUCUUACAGCUAAUACUCACAUCACUUUGAACGACCCGUUGGCACCCAAGGCUUCAUCGACAUACUCCCCAUCCUGGCAGCGUUAUAAACAUCUUCGCGAGCUCAACCCCGCCCCUCACGCUGCGUACCUUCGAUUGCAUCCCACAACCUUACUAGCCUCGUCACCAGAACGGUUCCUCUCAUAUACUCGUCCACCUGGAACUACGUAUAAACUAUGUCCCGUCAAGGGCACCUUACGCAAGGGCCCUCAUAUCACCCGUGCUGUUGCUGAGCAAGCGCUCAGGGGCAGCCAGAAGGAGGUUGCCGAAAACCUCAUGAUUGUCGAUCUUAUUCGGCAUGAUAUGCAUGGAGCUGUUGGGGAGAAUGUAGAAGUCAAACAAUUCUGCACUGUGGAGGAGUGCAAGACGGUGUGGCAGCUUGUUAGCGUCAUCGAAGGCCAGUCAGCAGAAGGUGCCGAUAAAACUGCCAGCCACUAUGCUAAUGGCGCACUGGGGUGGGAGGUUCUCAGACGCAGCUUACCCCCGGGUAUGUCUUGUAGCAUGACUGGAGCCCCGAAGAAGCGCAGUGUUGAGAUCCUACAAACACUGGAAGACGAGGAACGCAAUGUUUAUUCUGGUGUCUUUGGUUACUGGUGCGCUGGAGGUGGUGGAGACUGGUCUGUUACCAUCCGAAGUUGCUUCAAAUACGAUGAUCGAUACGAAUGCGAUGCUCAUUCGUGGACGGAAUUCAAUAAUCCCGAUUUCUACCCUGGCGUUCACGAGCCAGAGCAAUGGGUGAUUGGCGCUGGAGGAGCCAUCACUGCGCUGUCCGAUCCUGAUGCAGAGUGGGAUGAGAUGUUGGCAAAACUUCAGUCGGUCCUGCGCGUUUUUGGCGCGGCUGUUCCUCGUGGGCAUUAG